CCCGGCCCCGCCGACCCUCCGUGAACCCGACACCUGCUGCUCCUGGCCCGCUGGCUCCUGGCAGCCAGCGAGGUGGCGCUUGGCUUGCUGCCAUCAGUAGGCUUCAGGGGUAACGCUGCUGCCCGAGCGGUCAAGUGUCACGGCAAGGGGCUGUGGGGGAGCUCUCCUCUCCCCCAGGAAGCGCCAUGGACCCCCCUGGGCCCCCCUGCACCACCUAGACAUAUCUCCAGCCGGCACCGCCAUCCCCUUGGCCACCCCACCCCGAGGGCAGCAGGAUGGCCCAGCAGCGCCAUGGCAUCCCCCCACCACUCAAGACGGAGGAGGACUACAUCCCCUACCCCAGCGUGCACGAGGUGCUGGGCCGGGAGGGGCCGUUCCCCCUCAUCCUCCUGCCGCAGUUUGGAGGUUACUGGAUCGAGGGCACCAACCACCAGCUGAGCGGGGCACCCGAGUCCCCCCCCACCCCGGCACCCAGCACCCGGGCAAGGCUUGAGGGCAACCACACGGCCAAGAUCUACCGCAAGCACUUCUUGGGCAAGGAGCACUUCAAUUACUACUCCCUGGACCCGGCACUGGGCCACCUCGUCUUCUCCCUCAAGUACGACGAGCAAGAGCACCUCCACCUGCUGCUGCGCACCCGUGCCCGCACCCUGCAUGACGUGGUGCCCAUCUCCUGCCUGGCCGAGUUCCCCAACGUGGUGCAGAUGGCCAAGCUGGUGUGCGAGGAUGUCAACGUGGAUCGCUUCUACCCUGUGCUCUACCCCAAGGCAUCCCGCCUCAUCCUCGCCUUUGACGAGCACGUGCUCAGUAACCACUUCAAAUUUGGGGUCAUCUACCAAAAACUGGGGCAGACCUCUGAGGAGGAGCUUUUUGGCACCACGGAGGAGAGCCCGGCGUUCACCGAAUUCCUCGACAUCCUGGGUCAACGGGUGCAGCUGCGGGACUUCAAGGGGUGUUUCGGGGGGGGGCUGGAUGUGACCCACGGGCAGACAGGCAGCGAGUCGGUCUACUGCCACUUCCGUGACAAGGAGAUCAUGUUCCACGUCUCCACCAAGCUGCCCUACACCGAGGGGGAUGCCCAGCAGCUGCAGCGGAAGCGUCACAUCGGCAAUGACAUCGUGGCCAUCGUCUUCCAGGAUGAGAACACCCCCUUCGUCCCCGACAUGAUCGCCUCCAACUUCCUCCACGCCUUCGUGGUGGUGCAGCUGGAGCAGGGCGGCUCCCAGGGGACCCUCUACAAGGUCUCCGUCACUGCCCGUGACGACGUGCCCUUCUUCGGCCCGCCACUGCCCGACCCUGCCGUCUUCAGGAAGGGCCCUGAGUUCCAGGAGUUCCUGCUGACGAAGCUCAUCAACGCCGAGUACGCCUGCUACAAGGCCGAGAAGUUCGCCAAGCUGGAGGAGCGGACGCGGGCGGCGCUGCUGGAGACGCUGCACGAAGAGCUGCAGGCCCGCAGCCAGGCCAUGCUGGGGCUCGGCCCCGACGACGAACGUCCCGACAACGGCGCCGCCGCACCGGGAUUCUUCGAGUCCUUCAAGUCGCUGCUGGUGCCCGGGAGCCGGCGGGGACGCCGCGGCAGCGCCAUCGGGCUGGGCUCGGUGGAAGAGGCGCUGCUGGUGCCCGGGAAGAGCCCGUCGCGGCGGCGGCCGGGGCCGCUCGCCUCCCGCCGCUCCAGCGCCAUCGGUAUCGAGAGCAUCCAGGAGGCGCCGGCCGGCAGGGACGGCCCCGCCGCCGCCCCCGCCGCCCCUGAGGGCGCCUGCUCCGCACACAGCUCCCCCGAGAGCCGCCGGCACCCCGACAGGGCCGAGAAGCCGGAGCCGCCGGAUUUCUCCCGCUCCUCCUCCAGCGCCAGCAGCUUCGGCAGCGCCACCGAGGAGCCCAGCGAGCCGGGCAGGGAGAGCCGCUCGCCCUCGGGGACCCACUGCGACGCCUUCACCGACACCCCCUGGCCGGAUGACUCCCCCAGUAUCCCCCCAGGCCACCGUCCCCCUGACCCCCCCUGCCCCGAGAUCAAAAUCCAGCUGGAGCGGCCCCCCCCAUAAUCCGGGUUCAUAGUCACAGUCCCCCCCAUCCCUGGAGGCGGCGGGGGGGGGGUGGCACCGCUUCACCCCCCCCGUGUUCCACCCCCGUGCCAGGAGCCGAAGCCAUCAUCCCCGGUGCAGGAUUUGGGGGGACCCCCCCCAAAAAUGGGGGUGUUCUCCCCCCCAGACAAUCUCCAUCACCCCAAAUACCCCUUAGGGGGUGUGAUGGACCACAAAGGGCCCCCCACCCAUCCACCGUGACCCCAAUGCCACACGGGGGGUGUGGGGGCUCCCCCAAAAUGAAAAGCGGGUCCAACCCGAGCAUCACCCCCUCCCUAAAAAAAGGGGGGGCUCGAAUCCAGGGCAAAUCCAAAGUGGGGCUCCCCCUGCCCCCCCCCCCUUUUAUUUUAAGGGAAAAAAACUCCGGAAUGGGUCAGAUGCUGGAACUGGGGGGGGGGGGGGAAUUAUUUUUUCAAACACCCCUCCCCCCAAAUCGUGUUUGUGUGUCCCGUAAGUCCUGUAUAAAAUAAAGGUUUAUUUAUCGCUA